CGACAUCGUAAUGUUAUUAGAAUACAUUGUUCAAUAAACUGAAACUUUGAUUUAGUUGUUCAAGAAUAAAACAAGAUGAUAACUUCCCGAUGAUAACUUCCCUGACCGUGUAACAGCUAACGUAGUGCUGUCUGUACAAGCAGUCGAGCGCAGAAACUCGAAUCAAAAUACUGAGGUGGGAUUAUGACCAAGAUGUGGACACUCCAAAUCUGGACAAACUGGUUAAAGAAGGAGUGAAAGCAAAGUACAUCAAUCCUCCAGCUCUCACUAUGACAUCUCCAUCACACUUUACUACUAUUACAGGGAGAUGGAUAGAGGACCAUGGUGUUGUCCAUAACCUUAUGUUCAAUGAUACAACGGGUUUAAGAGUCCCUCAUAAGGCAACACUGAAGAAAUCUGAAUGGUGGGAUAACGGUGUUUUGCCACUGUGGAUAACGGCGCAAAAACAGGGUCUGAAAACAGCAUCUUUCUACUAUCCUGGUGGAGGAGUAAAUUACAGUGGUCAAGCAGUGAAUCGGUUCCUGGUGGAAAAUCACGGGUCUCCUGAUGACAACGAGACAGAAUGGCAACAGAACAUUGACACUGUGAUGGGAUGGUUCGCCAAAGAGGACUUUGACUUUGUCACUCUCUACUAUGGAGAACCAGACAACGUGGGUCAUGCUGUAGGCCCUGAAACUCAUGAGAGAAGAAAGAUCAUCGAACAAAUCGAUCGCACUAUUGGUUACCUCAGGGAAUCAAUUCACAAGAACGCACUGACCGAUCAUCUUAACGUCAUUCUUACCUCAGAUCACGGAAUGACCACUAUUAAAAACGCCACUGAGGUUAAAGAAAUUGUACUUGCCAAUUACAUAAGUUUGUUAAAGCUAACCCGCUUUGACUUGCUUGACUAUGGUGGGUUUGGGAUGAUCACACCAAGAGAGGGCAAAGAACAAGAAGUUUAUAAUGCCUUGAAGAACGCACAUCCAAAUCUGACGGUCUAUAGGAAAGAUGAGUUACCAGAAAACUUUCACAUGAAGAAACAUGCACGAAUUCAGCCUAUUGUGCUUCUGGCAGACCUGGGUUUCAAUAUCAACUCUAGGCUCAUUUUGGAUAUCAACAAAGGAGAUCAUGGAUUCAGCAGUGAGGAAAUGGAUAUGAAAAUGUUUUUCCGAGCCUUUGGGCCAGACUUCAGCCCAAACUUCUUGGCAGAGCCGUUUGACAGCGUCAGCAUCUAUCCACUGAUGUGUAAGCUGUUGGGUGUCGUUCCUGAAGCAAACAAUGGAAGUCUCAGCGACACCAAAGGCAUGCUAGUGGAUAACUUUGAUGCUGGUGGAAGCAGUGGAAGAAUCCAGGUGUCUUUUACCCUUCUUGUAGUAUCUACAGUUAUUUUAACCUUAAUUUAAAGAAAUUCCCCAAUACUACUGUUCUUUGUAAACACUGAAUGCAUUUAAGCUUAUCAAAAACAUUUACUGAAUGUGAUGUUGAUAAAUGAACUUUUUCCUUUUAUAUUUAUUAUAUAAAGUCAAAUAAUACAAA